UAAAUGUCGAAAAUUUAUUUCAAUUCGUAUUUUUACUCGAAAAUUGAUUUGAGGCUAAAUAGUAAACGGGACAUUUUGCAAAGGAGUUCGUUAUCAGUUGCCUACUUUAAUUUAUCAAAAUCUACCUACAAUGUUAACUAGAAGAUUGUUCAUCCGAUUAAAAUCAUCCCUAGCCAGCAGUUUGAAUGAAGUCUUGAUACCAACUGCAAAAGGUAUUUUUCGGGACACAUUAGAAACGAAAAUAGUGGAAGUAAAGAAAACUUCACUGGUGAAAAACUUUACAACUGCAAAGGAAUACUGUAAAUUAGAAAUGGCUCCGCCGAAAUUCAGUGAAAUAAAGCACAUUCAAGAUGAUUUAUGCAGCGUCGUAAUUUUUUUCAAAAAUGGGUCCUACAAGAACACAACCGUCAAAGACGCCUGGCUCUACCUCCUGGUUACCACUGAGGUAGGACUGUGGUUUUUCAUGGGCGAAGUCAUUGGGAAAAGACAUAUUGUGGGCUACAAAGUUUGAAACAGUUUUCCAAUAAAUAGGAUUAUAAAAUUA